AUGGCUCAAGCACCGCCCGCCUUUACACCAGACAGCGAAUUCGCUGAGCUUGAGACGCCACACGGCACCAGCAAUGGGAGCCUAUCGAUAACUGCACUGGCCCGAUUUGAGUUUGAGGCCGGUAAGGCGAACGAUGGCACUAAAAUCCUGAUGAUCGAGUGGGAGGACGACGAUCUUACCCGAUCCUCAUCUGAGGGUUUCUGGAAUGUCUCGUGGGCUGGUAAGACUACCGUUUUACCCGCCGACGAACGGCCGUCUGAUAGCCUGCAUCGCUUCUAUCUCUUAUUGCCGCCUCAUGUCACCAUCCCACCUGUUGUGACACUAUCAUACGAACUCCAGGGCACCCCGGACGAAAUAGCUGCUCUCCGCGAGAAGAGGCCCCCGCAAAGUCGUGAUAGCUUCCAACUGAACCCUCUUCCUGCAAUAUUUCCCCCUGAGCUCGGUGCUACCGGCCGGGCGGCCGGCAAGAAGGGUGUGUUGCAUACUAUCUGGGCAAAGAAACGACUUCGUGUUCUCGAACAGGAGAUUACCGCUGAAUCCCGAAACAACAUUGAAGGUAUCGCAGUUCACAUGGCUAUCCAAGAAAAGGAGUGGAUUGAGGAAAACUUUGGAGUCGGCACAGGCGCUGUCGACUCGGUUGCUAGCAGUCAUGACUCCGCGAACUCAUCCUCCUUGUAUCCGGUCACACCGGUGUCCCCUGUCAACAGUAGGAAACUGGGUGACAAGCUCAAAGGACUUAAGCUACAGACAAGCGAGAAGGACCUGGCUAUGAAUAAUGACUCGGCUCCCAAUACCGCGCAUCUUCUUUCACCUCAAUCUCCUGAUGUCGCCGUGUCUUCGUUCAACUCAUUCCGUAAUGUUGCCCAUAGGAACGUCCACUCCAUGCCGACACCAGAUACCAAUUCAACCCCAACCCCUAACUCUCACACCAACGGCUCCGUUCUGGAAACCCUGAAGCCGGUUGCAUUCUUCCCACCCUCGGCUGUGCAGGAAGCGCAACAGAGUUGUGGCCCCACCGGAUUCGCAGCCAUGGGCACCGUCUUGCGCACUCAAAGCAACGAUUCCGGCGAGGAAUUGUUUGCCAAGGCACUGAGCCCGCGCUCGCCCGAUCUCCCUCGCAGCCCAUUCUCAUUCCGUUGA